UUUUACCGCCUUCCUCAGACAUGUACAGGGCGGCCAUGGAGAGAGAAGCGGAGAAACUAAAAAUUACUAACGAAGUUGAAGAUAAUCACUUCAAAAUAUGGGAGGAAUUGGAAGAAAUCCCUGCCGUAGAUAGCGCUCUCCAACUGUACGAGAAAACUAAGCAAAUAUGCUCUGCGACGGAGGUGGGAUUCUCUGCUCUAGAAUGGGGAUGGAAUUUUCUAGCAGAAAGUUUGCAUAUUAAAAGACUGGCUGGCUCCAAUAUUGAUGCAGUCGUUGGAGAUAAAAUAGCCGACUUGAAAGAUUCAUACCCACUGCUUCAGAAAAGACCAGAAAAGAUAAUAAGAAAAACACGACAACGAUCAAUGAGAUAUGUAAAAAAGAAAACCCGCUCGGCUUUCAAUAAUUUUCUGGGAAAAUUCCUGAUAUUCGGACUCGACUUCAUGCUUUGGAUGACAGAGGGCCCAAUGCAACUUCUGGAACCCAGAUCCACUUCUACGUCAGAGAAACAUGUGCAGACGUCACCCAUCUCUAAAGAAUCAAGCAAAGGCCAAUUAUUGGAGGAGAAAAGUAGGGGGAAAAUCUGGGUUGACAAGAUUUCAGAUGAAGAGAAGAGUAUAUUAGAAUUGAUCAGAAGAUUUCUGCUGUUUCCGAUGUCCGUUUUUAUUUGUUUUCUGAAAGAAACAAAAAGCUUCAUAAAUGGUUCAAAACAUCAUAAAGCCACCAGCAGUGCUAGCAGACGAUCGACCCGUAACGUCACUUCCAGGACAAUGAGUCCUGAGAAGCUGGACGAGAUCUACUCCCGCAGAAAGGUAUCGCCAAAAAAGCGGCUCCCUCCCUCCUCCUUAUGGGGUAAUGUGAAGAACGCCGCCUUCCGUUUGUUUGGGAUCCCGACGAGUCACGUGAAACAGACAGACAUUAGGAGGUUCCUCACUUGUAGCAAACACAAGUCGCUGAACGAGUGCUCUCUACUGACGUGUGAACAGAAGAAGAGGAAGCACCCUGACUUUUCUGAUGAUUCCGAGGAUGACCUGACCAAUCUGGAUCUGGACAACUACUUAUCUGAGGAUGAUCCAGAUUAUGAGCCCACAGACGAGGACAGCACGGAUGAAACGAUUGACUCGGAGGAAGAGGUGUCGGAGGGGGAACUGGAAGUGGAGUCUACUAAGGAGGGGGGAUUCAAGAUGCUGAAGGAGAAAACCACCAAAGAUAAAUCAGAGGAAAAAGUACAGAUGUCCAAGGACAAAUCUGACCUGAACAAGAUCUCCGAUGAAAAGCAGGGUGAAAAAACUUCCGAUUUGAAGAAAAUGGACAGUAAUAAAACCGAUAAAUCUGUGUUGAAGCCGUCGUUUGAAAUUACAGAAACUGAUACAUCAAUAUCAAAGACAAAGGAGAAAACAGACCCAGUACCUCAAACAAAACCAGUGGAAGAAAAUCCUAAACCAGCUCAAAAAAUCGCCAUCGCUUCUGUGGCUCCUAUGCAACCGGAAAAACCAUCUCAGCGUCCUCCAUCAACAUCAAGCACACCCCCGCAACAAAUGAUGUCACCACAUGGAAACAAAAAAAAUAAGCAUGGCAAAUUUGGAGGAGGUCCCAAAACCAUCUCGUCUCCCAGCUGCCAUGUAAUUAAACAACACAGUUGCAAUCCUCAAGAAAACAAAGAGAAUACCGAAACUACAACUUCGAAAGAACUCUCUAAACAAGGAGGUGGAAAAAGUGUAUCCUUUGCUAAGGUGGCACAGGAGCCAAUGAAAAUUCACAAUACUUUCAUUUAGGAAGUCUGAAGGCAAAGAAAAAAAAAACACUAGCACCUAAUCAUUGAGUUACUGGUGAAGAAAAAAUUUGAUUCAAAUGCAUAUAAUGUGUCAGUUUCUCUAAAGAAAAUCACAUGCACCUUGUUUGCGAAUGUCCUAUUUUCUUGUAAUGUAUAAUACGUUUCUUUAUUUAUUGCGCUAUUAUGGAAUUGUUGUGUGUAAUAAAUUAAAUUAGAUUAGA